UGAAUUUUGACCUUUGAUUUUGAAAAUUGGCGAUUUAGGGUUCAUCAAAAGUGAAAAAUUUCAACAUCUAUUUUUUUACGCACAUGCAUAUGUGGAACAUUAUGUGACUGAUUGAUCAUCAUUAUGACGAUGGCUUGAUGAUUGACUACUUUUGUUGUUGUUCAUAACGUUAGUUAUCUUUGUUUCCGUGUACGUGUUUGUUUGUUUGUUUGUUUGUGUGUGUAUCUUCCCAUUUUAGUAGUCAGCCAAAAUUAUGUCCAAAUGUGUGGUGUGGUGUGUGUGUGUGUGUGUAUGUAAGUUGUAUGAUAACAAUGCAUGAUGAUUCACGUUGGUAACUUUUUAAAAAUCUAUCCUGGAACAAAAGACGAAGAAAAAUUUUUUUUUUUUUUUUUUAUUUUUCUUCUUAGUAGACAGCCCAUCGUUUUAUAGUUUUUUGUCAAACGAAAAAAACAACAUUUUUGCUGUUUGGUGUUGAAUCAUCAUCCAGAAAUAUCUUAUUAACAACGUCACACGCACAUGAUAACACACAAACCACAUAUAUAUAAAUAAAGCAAUAUAUAAAAGAGUGAUACUUAAGAAAAAGAAAAAAAGAGAAUAACCAAAAAAAAUGCAUCAACACGGAAAAGAUGUUACAGCUACAGCUACAGCCAAUAAUUUAGCUGGUCUUAAUAUUGGCGAUGUUUUUCAUGGUGGUGCUGGUGGUGGUGAUGUUGGUGUUAUUGGAUGGCGAGGUCAAAAUAAUUCUCCAUCCUCAUCAUCGUCGUCAACAACAAUAAGAUCAAAUAUCAUUGGUGAUGAUGAUGAUGAUGAUGAUGAUGAUGUAACAAUGAUGAAUGAAAUGUCUACAACAAAUAUGGCUCAAUUAUCAUCACCAGCCACAUCUUCAACAUCAUCAGUAACCAGUAAAAUUAAUGAAGAUUCGACAUCUAUACGAAAUCAAUCAAUGAUAAUUGGUCAUCAAGCAACAGUAACAACGAUGACCACUAGCAGCAGCAAUAAUGAUAAUAAUAAUAAUCGUUAUAAUUCAAAUACAUUUCCAUUGAUAUCAAGAUCAUCGAUUAAAAGGCCAUUAAGUUUGACACAGGAUAUACGUUCAUGUCAACAUCAACAGCAACAGCAACAAUUUUAUCAUUCAUGUAAUCAUAAUACACGAACUGAUAAAUAUCGUUGUGGUUGUAAUCAAAGUUCAAAUGGUGCUGGUGGUGGUAGUCAUAGUGGUUUUCGUUCUCGUUCAAAAACAAUACAUUCAUGUAAUUCUUAUUAUUCAACCUAUCAGAAUCAACAUCAUCACCAUAAUAAUAAUCCUUAUAAUAAUAUUCAUUAUCACCAUCAAAAUAAUCUACUACGAUACCAGGAUUUAUAUCAUCAACAAAUCAACAAUAGUUGUACUAGUGGUGAUGGUUUUAAUCCACGUGGAACAAUGCGUAAUCUAAUUGUUGAAUAUCGUACAAAGACGCGUAAAGUUGAUCCAUUAUCUUCAUCAACAACAAUAUCAUCAUCAUCUAUGACACCAUCAUCAUCAAUUAAUGAUGAUAAUGGUACUUCUACAAUGGAUGGUAGUAGUAGUAGCUGUAAUGGUAAUGGUGAUCCCAAUACGGAAGUAAAAAAUACAACCGUAUCAUCAACGGCAUCGAUAUCUGCGUCAAAAGUAGAAAAAAUUUUCGAAGAUGAUGAAGAAAUGGAAACAAUUAUAGAACAACAACGUGAUAGUGGAAAGAAUCUUGAUGAUGAUGGCUUUAAAUAUUGGACUACAUCAUCAUCUUCGAUGUAUAGACGAAUUUAUCAUUACAAUCAUCAUCAUCAUGACCAUAGCCAACAUUAUCAUCAUCAUCAUCAUAAUCGCUAUCCUUAUGAUGAUCAUCGUUGGCUAAAACGUGGUGUUGGUAGUACAAUAUCAGAUUAUUCGGUAAAAAAAUGGUCAACAACAACCACAACAUCAACAUCUCCAUUGACAUCAAUAACGUCAUCACUAUCUUUGACGAAUAUUGAACCUGUAUUGACGACAUCAUCAUCAUCAUCGAUGACGUCAGCAAUAGCAACAACAUCCACAAUAAAUGGCAAAUCUGAAACCCGUACAUCGAAUGGAUCAUCUCCAAUUAUCAAUGAUGAUGAUGAUGAUGAUUUGAAAAACAAUAAUGCAAAGCAAAAUACGGAAUCAAUUCUAUCAUCAAAUGAUAUAGCUAUUACUGCUGCUGCUGCUGCUGCUGGUCCAUCAAUACAUACGCAUACUAUACCGACCGUAGCCGAAAAGGAACAAUUUCAACGAUCUCUGGAUAGCGCAACUACAUUAGUCUUUCAUCGUCGAAGCGGUCUUCCUCUUAAUUCUAGUCCUGCUCCAAUUCGUAAAUCUGGAACUUGUUUCGAUUUUGACAGUUCUCUUACAUCUGUGAAUGCAAUUAAAAAGGCUCUUUUCCAUAAAGAUCCAGACGGAAAAGAUGAUUAUCAUCAUCCGAAUCUUCGUUCCAAACUAAGUCUUUCAGCCCCUACCACUACUAGUGGUUUACUUGGAAAUUUUGAGGAAUCGGUAUUAAAUGGUCGUCUUGAUCCGGCUAGCAUUGUACAUGGAUUUACAGCCGAAAUCGGUGCAAGCGGUGGCUUUUGUCCAUCACAUAAGACUUUUCCUGUGACCGUAUUUUUCUAUACUCUACAAGAUACAGAUAAAGGAGAGAAAAUGUCUUCACCAUAUUUGGGCCAUAUCAAUCUUGGUGAAAAAGGAUAUCAUAUACCUCGACAAGGAACUGUACAGGUGACUCUGUUCAAUCCAAAUAGAACUGUGGUAAAAAUGUUUGUCGUACGUUAUGAUCUUUCUGAUAUGCCACCGAAUUGUCGUACAUUUUUACGACAACGUACAUUAUUCAUGCCAAGUGAUGCUAAUGAACAUCAUCCGGAUAGUCGUAAAUGGUUACGUUACCUCAUCCAUCUCAGGUUUCAAAGCUCUAAAUCUGGUCGUAUACGUUUACAUACGGACAUACGGAUAUUAGUAUUCCGGAAACAUGAUCUAGAUGUAGCUACAAUGAAUGGUGGUGCCCCAUAUGAAUUACGAUCAUUUGUUCAGAUGCCUUCCAAUCCAAAGUAUUCGAAAAAUAUUAAAACCUAGCAAUCAUUCAAUCAAUCGAUGGUUCAAUGAUCAUCGCAUUCAUUCAUUGGAAUUAAUGUCAUUUUAUGGAGAAAAAAAACCAAACACAUUCUAGUUUUGAAUUACAUAUAUGGGGCAAUUUUUUCUCUUUUUAUUUCUUCCAAAAUUUUGUUAAGAAACAAAAAUAUGUGGUACAAAUAUAAAUACUAAUGU